AUGGAUGGAGAUGGUUCAAAAUGUAUAGAUAAAGUAGAAACAUUAAAAUAUUGGAAAUCUAAUUUUGCAAAAGUGAAUACCGAUGCAUUAUUCAAAGCUGUUGAUAUAGAUAAUAGCGGAACAAUAACACAAGAUGAAUGGAUGGAGUUUUGGCAUGAUGUAAAAAGACAAGGAUAUUCUGAAGAAGAAAUAGAAGAAGAGAUUGAAAAUUUACUAGAAGGUUUUUCAUGGGUUCACUUUGAUAAAAAACGUUGA